AAAUUUCUUCCAUUUAUCACUGUAAAUUAACCAGAUCCUGGUUUUAUAGCCUGUUUCCCAACAACAGGCAAUUUAACCCUUCAUCUUUUCAAGCGGUGGCAGAUUAUCCCCUUAACUGAAUUGACGUGCAAACUCACCCUAAACUUAUAAUGGGUGGCAAAAUAGCCCUUGUCUAAAAGUUUCAUCAGCAAUUUAUCCAAGACUAGUAAUGGGCCAGUUUGUCAUCAGUGGCAAAAAAGUGUAUUGGUGUAGUAACGUAUUAUUCUCAAACAAAGCCUAAUUAGUAAGUAGGGCAAGCUUUUGGGAUCCAAAGUUUUGUUUUACAGUGGAAACUCUAUUGCUAAACAGGGCAAAAGUUAAAUAGGAAAAAGGAGGAAGAAAACAUAGAAGAGACAGACAGAGGAACUCUCCCCUCCACCAUCCACUAGGGUGGAGAUCGAAUAUUUGUUAAAAUGUUGCAGGGAGACAUUCCGAACAAAUUUCUGGAGGGAGGGGAGGGAAAGGAAAAGAAGGGACCUGAACCGAACCAUAUAAUAUUGCAGAGAAUGAAUGAUACGCUUUACCCCUUUCUUUUUGCUUUUCAACAUGCUACUCUGGACUUAAACUUCGAUUUCAAGUGGUAGAACCUUGAGGAUGGGAUGUAGACUUCUUUUUAUUUUUGAAAUGCAUUAGUGCUAGUCCGUCUUUUCUUCUUUAGAUCUACACCAUCAAACUUCCUGGCUUUUAAAUUAAUGGGUUUUCUUUGUAGAACAAAUGUGGCUGGCUACUUUGUUUCUUUUGAAUAAUUGCUUUCUUCUGUUCACUAAUCUUUUCUAUUUUUUCCUACUUUAUCUAUGUCUCUUCUUUAAGCCUUUAAUCAUGUAUCCUUAGAAUUGUAAUGAGCAAUUCUUUAAUUUGAUAAAGCAAACUUUUUUUG